AAGCAGAUAAGGUGUUUUUCGCUCUCGGCUUCGACGUCUCUCUAUCCAUCCUCCAUCCAUGGCUUCUCUGUAGGUCAAUUCUCUCUCUCUCGCGCGCGCGCUCACCAUUCUCCUUCUUCUUCUUCCCCCGCCGGCAAUGGCCUCCAAUGUUCUUCCCCAGGCGUUGAUUGCGAUUCCUAGAGGCGCUAACCGCCGCGCUCCUCGGAAGCUGGGGUUCCCUGCGCUCGUAUCUGGCUCCUCCGGCGGACCCUCUCGGGCCAACCCUAGGCACGGUGGAUGUUUGCGCUCCAGGGUUUCGUUUGGCUCUAGCGGAUCGAGCAGUCCGGUGAUUCCGGCGUUUCCGAAGCGGAGUUUUCUCGUGAGAGCUGAACCGGAGCCGGAAGCCGAAGUUGUCGCCGGCGAGAGCGCAGAGGAGAAUGCUGAAGCGGCUGCUGACGUCGAGGAAGCUGCUGAAGCAGUGGCGGAGGAGGAAGUCGCGGAAGUGAAGCCUCCAAGUAAGCCGAGGGUUAAGCUUGGCGAUAUUAUGGGGAUAUUGAACAGAAGAGCAGUUGAGGCAUCUCAGAAUGAACGGCCUGUUCCAGACAUCAGGACUGGAGAUAUAGUGGAAAUUAAGCUGGAAGUGCCUGAAAAUAGGCGCAGAUUGUCUAUUUAUAAAGGCAUAGUCAUAUCGAGACAAAAUGCCGGCAUCCACACGACCAUUAGAAUACGGAGAAUUAUUGCUGGCAUCGGGGUCGAGAUUGUAUUCCCGCUGUACUCACCCAACAUCAAGGAGAUAAAAGUUGUUAAGCACAGGAAGGUCAGGAGGGCUAGGUUGUACUAUCUCAGGGACAAGCUUCCCAGGCUCUCCACCUUCAAAUGAAGAACUUGCAAUGCUGUCGCCACUCUUUGGUUCUGUACAAUUCAAAGGAGCCUUCUUACCUGCAAAUGGUAUUAGAACUGGCCUCCUAAUUUUUUGUUUGUUUCUUGUGAUCCUGUAUUUUCAUUGUUUUGUAUCGUGCAGAGAGGGAGAAUAUCAGCGUACUAAUGAUUAGGAAUGUGUAACUUCUACAUCUCUUGUGCUGUUCGUUUUGUCGUAAGAUGUUCCUGUUUUCUCAUGUGUGACCAGCUGGAUUUGUUGGGAUGGGCCUGGGCAACAAAUUUAAUUCAAAUCAAA